AUGAAGUUAGUUAUAAGGAGAGCUAACGAUAAUACGAUAGGUUACAAGGCGCAUAAUAAUCUCAUGUACCCACCGCCUUCCUCGCUUCAAGCUAGCCUUAAUGCAUAUCUAUCCCAAUUCAACGCCAUGGAAACAAUGCGCAAUCGACUUCGCAAGACGGCCCGCUCGGUACCGGAUGAAGAUGGCUUCGUGGCUGUUGUCCGUGGCGGACGUGUGGGACCUGCGCGCUUAGAGGAGGCGGAGAAGAAGAAGGCGGAGCUGGAUGAGCGCAAGAGGAAUCAUCGGGCUACGGAUGACUUUUACCGGUUCCAGAAUCGUGAGAGGAGGAAGAAGGCGGAGGGCGAGUUGAAGAGACGGUUUGAGGAGGAUCGGAAGAGGGUCGCGGGUAUGAGGGAGAGGAGGGGGAAGGUUAGGCCCGAGGCGUGA